AUGCGCCUCGCGUCGGCAUCGCUCUUCCAGCGCGGCCGCCUGGCCACGCGUCCACCGGCGCUGUCGUUCUCUUCAGCACCACGUCGACUUUUUGCAGCAGCGAGCUUCCAAGACUUGGGCGUGGACGCGCGCACCGUGUCGGGUCUGAAGGAGAUGAAGAUCACAACACCCACAGGUAUUCAACAGAAGAGCAUCCCAGCUAUCUUGGCGCGCCACGACAUCCUGUGCGCAGCUCAGACAGGAACAGGCAAGACGUUGGCCUAUUUAGUCCCCGUAAUAGAGCAGAUACUACGCAAGGAGGCGGCCAAGAAGCUGGAGCGCGAAACCAAGGGACCCACCGAAGUAGUGCUGGGCCGUCCCAGUGCUCUGGUCCUGCUACCCAGUCGGGAGCUGGCACUACAGGUGGCGUCGGUUGCUAAACAACUAUCGCACUCAGCCAAGUUUGCGUCCUGCACCAUCACGAGCGGAGAGCGCAAGAGCAUCCAACAAAAGAAUACUUCACGUCGACUCGACCUUAUCAUCGGCACUCCUGGCCGUGUGGCCAAGUGCAUCAGCAAGGGAGACUUCUUCGUCUCCUGUAUUGAUACAGUGGUGGUGGACGAGGCAGACACGCUUUUUGAUGCUAAAAUGGGCUUCCGCAAGGAGCUGGAUGCAGUGCUGGGGACGAUUCAGGCCAGCGCGGCUAAGCGCAACCAAUCACUGCAGAUGAUCUUGGCGGCAGCUACAAUCCGCUCGCCGAUAGACCAGAUUCUGAAGAAAAAGUUCGGUGAACUGCGUGUUGUGAGCGACGACAAGAUCCACAAGACGCCGGCCUCCAUCCGAGAAGAGUUUGUGCGGGUAAACCCAGAGUCCAAGCACUCGGCGCUGCGUGAGGCGUUGCAUCUGCACCGGCGUCGAGCGGCAAAGACUAUGAUUUUCUGUCGCAACUCGGCAAGCGUGCGCUCCACAGAGCACAUGCUGCGUGAACACGGUUUCCAGGACGCUGUGUGUCUCCACGGCGACAUGCCACCGGCUAGACGCCACGACGCUAUCCACGCAUUUACUGAAGAUUCUAACGUGAACAUCUUGGUGUGUACGGAUCUGGCAGCUCGUGGUCUCGAUGUAGAGGCAGUGAAGCAUGUGGUAAUGUUUGACUUUCCGAAGUCUGCGGUCGACUACGUGCAUCGCGCUGGCCGUACAGGCAGAGCAGGCGAGCAGGGACUUGUGACCAGCCUCGUAACCAAGCACGAUCUCACACUCGCCAUGAGCAUCGAAAACUCUAAACGUAGUAACAGCACAAUCAAAGAGCUACGCGAAGAUACGUCCACAAGGAAGACGGCGCGUCGAGAGCCGUCGCAGAAGCGUAGUGGCUUUGGUCGUGGCACCAAAAAGCUGCUGAGACACAAGAUUAGGACGCCACGCCCGAUUCGGUAG